AUGGCCAGACUUGAGAGAUGGCUGAGGGGAUCGGAAGGCCCAGCAGCGUCGGUUCGGUCUGGUUCCGUCCUGGAGAGGAAUUCUAGGGGAGAGACUGAUUGCACCGACAGUUCACUCCCAGAGGAACGGUUGAGCCAAGGAGGUGUUGCAUUGGUCUCUGACAUGUGUCCAGACCCUGGGAUUCCAGAAAAUGGUAGAAGAGCGGGUUCUGACUUCAGGGUUGGUGCAAAUGUGCAGUUCUCCUGUGAGGACAAUUAUGUACUUCAAGGAUCUAAGAGCAUUACCUGCCAGAGAGUUACAGAGACCCUCGCCGCCUGGAGUGACCACCGACCCAUCUGCCGAGCUAGGACGUGUGGAUCAAAUCUGCGUGGACCCAGUGGCAUCAUCACCUCCCCUAACUACCCAGUUCAGUAUGAAGACAACGCACACUGCGUGUGGGUGAUCACCACCACAGACCCUGACAAGGUCAUCAAGCUUGCAUUUGAAGAGUUUGAACUGGAGAGAGGGUAUGACACCCUGACAGUCGGCGACGCUGGGAAAGUGGGAGACACCAGAUCCGUCUUGUAUGUUCUCACAGGGUCCAGCGUCCCUGACCUCAUUGUGAGUAUGAGCAACCAGAUGUGGCUACAUCUGCAGUCUGACGACAGUAUCGGCUCACCUGGUUUCAAGGCUAUUUACCAAGAAAUUGAGAAGGGAGGGUGUGGGGAUCCCGGAAUCCCAGCCUACGGGAAGCGGACAGGCAGCAGUUUUCUCCAUGGAGAUACACUCACUUUCGAGUGCCCGGCGGCCUUUGAGUUGGUGGGCGAGAGAGUGAUCACCUGUCAGCAGAACAAUCAGUGGUCUGGCAACAAGCCCAGCUGUGUGUUUUCAUGCUUCUUCAACUUUACGGCAUCAUCUGGAAUUAUUCUCUCACCAAAUUAUCCGGAGGAAUAUGGUAACAACAUGAACUGUGUUUGGUUAAUUAUCUCUGAGCCAGGAAGUAGAAUUCAUCUCAUCUUUAAUGAUUUUGACGUGGAGCCUCAAUUUGACUUCCUUGCAGUCAAAGAUGAUGGGAUUUCUGAUAUAACUGUACUUGGUACUUUUUCUGGUAACGAAGUGCCUUCCCAGCUGGCCAGUAGUGGACACAUAGUUCGCCUGGAAUUUCAAUCGGAUCACUCCACCACUGGCAGAGGGUUCAACAUCACUUACACCACAUUUGGUCAGAAUGAAUGCCAUGACCCCGGGAUUCCUAUAAAUGGACGGCGCUUUGGCGACAGGUUUCUGCUUGGAAGCUCAGUUUCUUUCCACUGUGAUGAUGGCUUUGUCAAGACCCAGGGCUCUGAGUCCAUCACCUGCAUUCUGCAGGAUGGGAAUGUGGUCUGGAGCUCCACCGUGCCCCGCUGUGAAGCCCCAUGCGGUGGACAUCUGACAGCUUCCAGUGGAGUCAUUUUGCCUCCUGGAUGGCCAGGAUAUUAUAAAGAUUCUUUAAAUUGUGAAUGGGUAAUUGAAGCAAAACCCGGCCACUCUAUCAAAAUAACUUUUGAUAGAUUUCAGACAGAAGUCAACUAUGACACCCUGGAGGUCAGAGACGGGCCAGCCAGUUCGUCCCCACUGAUCGGAGAGUACCAUGGCACGCAGGCGCCACAAUUCCUCAUCAGCACUGGGAACUUUAUGCACCUGCUUUUCACCACAGACAACAGCCGCUCCAGCAUCGGCUUCCUCAUCCAUUAUGAAAGUGUGACCCUGGAGUCAGACUCUUGCCUUGACCCAGGCAUCCCUGUGAAUGGUCAUCGCCAUGGCAGUAAUUUUGGCAUCAGGUCUACGGUGACGUUCAGUUGUGAUCCAGGUUACACAUUAAGUGAUGAUGAGCCCCUUGUCUGUGAGAGAAACCACCAGUGGAACCAUGCGUUGCCUAGCUGUGAUGCAUUAUGUGGAGGCUAUAUUCAUGGGAAGAGUGGAACAGUGCUUUCUCCUGGAUUCCCAGAUUUUUAUCCAAACUCUCUAAACUGUACCUGGACCAUUGAAGUGUCUCAUGGAAAGGGAGUUCAGAUGGUCUUUCACACUUUUCACCUGGAGAGUUCCCAUGACUAUUUACUGAUCACAGAGGAUGGAAGUUUUUCUGAGCCAGUGGCCAGGCUUACUGGGUCGGUAUUGCCUCACACUAUUAAGGCAGGUUUGUUUGGGAACUUCACUGCUCAGCUUCGGUUUAUAUCAGACUUUUCCAUUUCCUAUGAAGGCUUCAAUAUUACAUUUUCAGAAUAUGACCUGGAGCCGUGUGACGACCCUGGAGUCCCUGCCUUCAGCAGAAGAAUUGGUUUCCACUUCGGUGUGGGAGACUCUCUGACAUUCUCCUGCUUCCCAGGAUACCGUCUGGAAGGUGCAACGAAGCUUACGUGCCUGGGUGGGGGCCGCCGUGUGUGGAGUGCACCUCUGCCAAGGUGUGUGGCUGAAUGUGGAGCAAGAGUCAAAGGAAAUGAAGGAACAUUACUGUCUCCAAAUUUUCCAUCAAAUUAUGAUAAUAACCAUGAGUGUAUCUAUAAAAUAGAAACAGAAGCUGGCAAGGGAAUUCAUCUCAGAGCAAGAAACUUUCAGCUGUUUGAAGGAGAUACUCUAAAGGUAUAUGAUGGAAAAGACAGUUCCUCGCGUCCACUGGGAGCUUUCACCAAAAAUGAGCUGAUGGGUCUUAUCCUAAACAGCACGUCCAAUCACCUGUGGCUGGAAUUCAACACCAAUGGCUCUGACACUGACCAGGGUUUUCAACUCACCUAUACUAGUUUUGAUUUAGUCAAAUGUGAAGAUCCAGGCAUCCCUAACUAUGGCUAUAGGAUCCGUGAUGAAGGCCACUUUACUGACACCGUAGUCCUGUACAGUUGUAACCCAGGCUAUGCCAUGCAUGGCAGCAACACCCUGACAUGUCUGAGUGGAGACAGGAGGGUAUGGGACAAGCCACUGCCUUCCUGCAUAGCGGAAUGUGGUGGUCGGAUCCACGCUGCCACCUCUGGACGAAUAUUGUCCCCCGGUUACCCAGCACCUUAUGACAACAACCUCCACUGCACUUGGAUUAUAGAGGCAGACCCAGGAAAGACCAUCAGCCUUCACUUCAUUGUUUUUGACACGGAAAUGGCUCACGACAUCCUCAAGGUCUGGGAUGGGCCAGUGGACAGCAACAUCCUGCUGAAGGAGUGGAGCGGCUCUGCCCUUCCCGAGGACAUCCACAGCACCUUCAACUCGCUCACCCUGCAGUUCGACAGUGACUUCUUUAUCAGCAAGUCUGGCUUUUCCAUCCAGUUCUCAACAUCAAUUGCAUCCACCUGCAAUGAUCCAGGCAUGCCUCAAAAUGGCACCCGCUAUGGAGACAGUCGAGAGGCUGGAGACACAGUCAACUUCCAGUGUGACCCUGGAUAUCAGCUCCAAGGGCAAGCCAAAAUCACCUGUGUGCAGCUAAAUAACCGGUUCUUUUGGCAGCCAGACCCCCCAACAUGCAUAGCUGCUUGUGGAGGGAAUCUGACGGGCCCAGCAGGUGUCAUUUUAUCACCCAACUACCCACAGCCAUAUCCUCCUGGGAAAGAAUGUGACUGGAGAAUAAAAGUGAACCCAGACUUUGUCAUUGCCUUGAUAUUCAAAAGUUUUAACAUGGAACCCAGCUAUGAUUUCCUACACAUCUACGAAGGGGAGGAUUCCAACAGCCCUCUUGUUGGAAGUUUCCAGGGCUCCCAAGCCCCAGAAAGAAUUGAGAGCAGUGGAAAUAGUCUCUUUCUGGCAUUUCGGAGCGAUGCAUCUGUGGGCCUUUCGGGGUUUGCCAUUGAAUUUAAAGAGAAACCACGGGAAGCUUGUUUUGACCCUGGAAAUAUAAUGAAUGGGACAAGAAUCGGAACUGACUUCAAACUUGGCUCAAUCGUCACUUAUCAGUGUGACUCUGGCUACAAAAUUGUGGACCCUUCCUCCAUUACAUGUGUGAUCGGGGCCGACGGGAAGCCUUCCUGGGACCAGGCACUGCCCUCCUGCAGCGCUCCCUGUGGAGGCCAGUACACGGGAUCAGAAGGGGUAGUUUUAUCACCAAACUACCCUCAUAACUACACAGCUGGCCAAAUAUGCCUCUAUUCUAUAACUGUACCAAAGGAAUUUGUGGUGUUUGGACAGUUUGCCUAUUUCCAGACAGCUCUGAAUGAUCUGGCAGAGCUAUUUGAUGGGACCCACGCACAGGCCAGACUCCUCAGCUCGCUCUCUGGGUCUCAUUCAGGUGAAACUUUGCCUUUGGCUACAUCAAAUCAGAUUCUGCUCCGAUUCAGUGCCAAGAGUGGGGCGUCUGCCAGGGGUUUCCACUUUGUGUACCAAGCUGUUCCUCGCACCAGCGACACUCAGUGCAGCUCUGUCCCGGAGCCCAGAUACGGAAGGAGAAUUGGUUCUGAGUUUUCUGCGGGCUCGAUCGUGCGAUUUGAGUGCAACCCGGGGUACCUGCUGCAGGGAUCCACGGCGUUGCGCUGCCAGUCAGUGCCCAACGCUUUAGCUCAGUGGAAUGACACAAUUCCCAGCUGUGUGGUCCCCUGCAGUGGCAAUUUCACUCAGCGGAGAGGUACAAUUCUGUCCCCUGGCUACCCUGAGCCAUAUGGAAACAACUUAAACUGUAUAUGGAAGAUCAUAGUUACAGAAGGAUCAGGAAUUCAGAUCCAGGUGAUCAGCUUUGCCACGGAGCAGAACUGGGACUCCUUGGAGAUCUAUGACGGCGGGGACGUGACCGCGCCUCGACUGGGAAGCUUCUCAG